UCUCUUGAGGUCUGGGUGAAGCAGCAAAGAGAGAGAGAUCAGGAAAAACUGAAGCUCCAUGCAUGCUCGCGUCUCUCGCUGUGCCCCAAACCUUCUCUCUCUAUCUAUAAACCACAAUGAAACUCUCCCUUUCUCUCUCCUCUCCCCGUUUCCUCAUGGCGCGCUUCCUCUCCUCAGCCCCAGUCUUCACAACACUCCCCUCCCCUUCCUGCAAAUUCCGGCCAAUUUUUCGGCCCAAUUCUGUCGGACUUUUCCAUUCCGGCGUCUUUUCUUGCCCUUAUUCGGGCGGCUUCAGGCAAAGGACGGGCUUUGAGGGUUAUUUUGCUUCGGUCCGAGGGUUUAGAAAAUUGAGGAGAAGGCCACACGCGUGGAAACAGUCCCCGAAAGUGAAGAAAUUGGAGUUGCAUGUUCGCAUUUGUAUUGAAGAGGAGUUGCCUGAUGAUCCUGAAGUUUUGAGCACAGCAGAAAUACUUCGCCUGAAUGUUCCCAUGGCAAUGAAAAUUGCAUUUGAUGGUCUAAAAGAUUCAGAAUACAAGACAAGAGACAAAGCAAUUGAUGAUGUUGGUGGCUUUGAAAAGGUGGAACUAUCUGUUUUGUUAUGCAAUGAUGUUUUUAUUCGAGAACUCAACAAAGAAUGGCGAGAUGAGGACCAUGCUACUGAUGUCCUCUCUAUGUCACAGCAUAUUCCUGGAUUUGAUCUACCUAUUCUCAUGCUAGGGGACAUUGUGAUUUCUGUUGAGACAGCUGCAAGGCAAGCAGAAGAAAGAGGACAUACUCUACUUGAUGAGAUACGCAUCCUUCUGGUUCAUGGAUUGCUGCAUCUUUUGGGAUUUGAUCAUGAGCUAAGUGAUGAGGCUGAGGCAGAAAUGGAAAAAGAGGAAGAACUUAUAUUGAAAAGUCUUGGGUGGAAAGGAAAAGGCCUAAUCCACAGUGCUUAUGAUGCUUUAACAAAUGAAAUCCCAGAAACUGAAAAUAAUGAUGGUCAUGCUUUGAAGGAAGGGAGAAAAGAAGGCAGCUUACGGUUUUAUAAACCCAAGUUCAAUUAUAUUUUUUGCGACAUGGAUGGUACAUUGCUAAACAGCAAGAGUCGAGUUACUCAUAGAACUGCAGAAGCUCUGAAGGAGGUGGUCUCAAGAGGAGUAAGAGUAGUGAUUGCUACUGGAAAGACUCGACCUGCAGUUAUAAAUGCUUUGAAGUUGGUGAAUUUAGCCGGAAAGGAUGGAAUUAUUUCUCAAUUUUCACCAGGAGUUUUCUUACAGGGUUUGCUUGUAUAUGGGCGACAAGGUAGGGAAAUUUUUAGAAGAACUUUGGAUCCGGAUGUUUGUAGGGAGGCAUUUCUUUAUUCUUUGGAGCAUAAAGUUCCUCUUAUUGGGUUUAGCCAAGAUCGUUGUGUUACCUUGUUUGAUCAUCCUCUGAUCGAUUCUCUUCAUACUGUUUAUUUCGAGCCAAAGGCAGAAGUCAUGCCUUCUGUUGAGAAACUUUUAGCUACUGUGGACAUUCAGAAAUUGAUUUUCAUAGACACGACCGAGGGGGUUGCUGCCACUCUAAGACCAUAUUGGGCUGAAGUUGUGAAAGGGAGAGCUGGUGUUGUCCAGGCCCAAGCUGACAUGCUUGAGAUUGUUCCGCCUUCUACUUCUAAGGGCGAUGGAGUACGAAUGCUCUUGGAUCACCUUGGGAUCACUCCAAAAGAGGUCAUGGCGAUUGGUGAUGGUGAGAAUGAUGUUGAGAUGCUACAACUUGCAUCUUUAGGGGUUGCGCUAGAGAAUGGUUCAGAGAAGGCAAAAGCUGUUGCUGAUGUGAUUGGCAAUAGCAACGAUGAGGAUGGUGUGGCGGAUGCCAUAUAUCGGUUUGCUUUCUAGCAAGAAAACUCUCAGUCACAUACGAUUGCGAAGUUCAAUGUUGAUUUAUGAGGAAGUAGAAAAAGAUUAUUCAAAAGGGACCAAAAGAACAAGAUAGUGUGAUCGAAGUUUGGAGAGUGGAACUCUGAUGAUUUUGAAUCUAGGGAAAUUGGGGUGAUUGGCAAUCAUGGAAUUUAAAAACUUGAUGUAGCUUAUAUAGGGGGGAGUAUGUUUAUCAUGAUUAUGGGCAAAGACAGCAAUAUUUAGUCAAUUUUUAAUGGGAUUUUCUCCUAAAUAUACUGAGAAAGAAUUGUCAUUAUUUUGGGGUGGCACCAGGACUCAAGAAUUGGUAGAGAUUUGAAAUUCAUUUUGCCCAUGCUGAGAAAGUGAGUAUGGGCCCUUCUGAGCUGGUGCUUUUAACUUUAUAUCAUGUUAAUGUGAGUUGCAGGUGCUUAACAAUUUGGGAUAUUCACAUGUGUACUCUGCUAGUACAGUGUUGCCCUUUAAAUUACUAGUCAUAUGAGAGUAUAGGACC